GCAAGGCAAGCAGCUUAAUCCUCUUUUGCAUCUGGAGUACUCACCCAGCGUGGGGACAUUACUAGGCUCUCAAAGCUUCAGCAAAAGCCCACAUACUCAUACUAACCCAAUGAAAGGAUUCCUAGAACAGAAUAGCAGUCCUGUAUCCAGCGCUGAAUAAGGGCCCUGGGAAUCGGCAUUUGCAAGUUUGGGAGAAGGAAGAUCUUUGGACCGACCCAAGGCAGACCUGUGCUACUCUCAACUGGAAGUGCACCGCUAACUGAGACGAUGAGGAAGCAGAAGGCCUUCAAGUUCACCAGUUUCCGAAGUUUUCCUGGGCUGGAUCCAUCAAAGGUAGGUGAUGCUCAGCUGCUCUUGCCUCUCAUCAAGUUGACGGCGGACGGAAGAAUAAACUGUGUCUCAGACUGGUCCAGAGAGGGGGCGUGAGUUGGAAUGCCGCUGUGGGAACAAGUGACCUGUCUGGCAAGGAAUGCAGCAUCCUGAGAACCUCCUCUGACGUCAUCCCACAGACCACUGCUUCCUCUAGGGAAAGGGCGCUUAGGAUUUUGAAUCAGCCACCUAAAACUUUUGCCUAGCCAAAAGAAGUUUGCUGCAGAACUGAACACGACAUUUCCUUCUGGUUUUGCAUCUUUUAAUCAUCCGGGCUACAGUCACCACUGUUUUUCUUUGAGAAUUUGAAGUCAGAUCUUACUGUCAUUUUCGUGCAUGCUUUUCAAAAUGAUCGACUUAAGCUUCCUGACAGAGGAGGAGCAAGAGGCAAUCAUGAAGGUUCUGCAGCGGGAUGCUGCCCUGAAGAGAGCUGAAGAAGAGAGAGUCAGACAUUUGCCUGAAAAAAUUAAGGAUGACCAGCAGCUGAAGAAUAUGAGUGGCCAAUGGUUUUAUGAAGCCAAGGCAAAAAGGCACAGAGACAAAAUCCACGGUGCAGAUAUCAUCAGAGCAUCCAUGAGAAAGAAGAGGCACCAGGCAGCAGCUGAGCAGAGUAAGAAUAGAGCAAACGGGGCAAAGGGCAGCUGGGUGAAUAAUGUCAACAAAGAUGGUCUCCUCCCUGCAGAGCUAGCUGGUGUUGCAGAAGAGCCGGAAGAAGAUGUAACGCCAGCAAGCUCCCGUUCCAGUGUGGUAAAUCCAGCUUCCAUCAUGAUUGAUACAUCCCAGGAAGACACAAGGAAGUCAGCUGCAUCUCCAGUCAAGCAAAGGAGGAAUCCGUUUAAUAGCUCCAUGUUGCCAGAAGAUCACUUAUCUCAACAAACCAAAAAUGAACAGUCAGAAAAUGGAAGGGCUGGUUUCUUUCAGACUUCAAAAGAGGGUGAGUUGUCAGAAUCAAAAGAAAAAUCAUCUCUCCCAAACAUUUCAAGCCAAAAGUUAGAGAAACCAAAGCAGACUUUUCCAGGUCCUGAGAAUGGGUCCCAAAUCAAGCCUCCAAUCCCCAAAGCCAGGAAAAUGAUCUACAAAUCACAUGAUUUAAAGCGGGAUGAUAACCAGUCUCUUCCUAGACAAAGGGCAGACUCCCUGAACAGAGGUGGGGCUCCAAGAGGGAUCCUGAAACGCAAUUCCAGUUCCAGUAGCACAGACUCAGAAACUGUUCGUUUUCAUCAAAACUUUGAACCCAAAAGCAAGAUUGUGUCUCCUGUCCUAACUAUCCACGAGAGAAUUUCUGAGAAGGAGCAUGAGCAUUCGCUAGAAGAUGACUCUUCCUCAAACUCACUGGAGCCAUUAAAACACGUGAGAUUCUCUGCAGUAAAGGAUGAACUCCCACAGAGUCCUGGACUCAUCCAUGGCCGGGAAGUGGGAGAAUUCAGUGUUUUAGAAUCUGACAGGUUGAAGAAUGGAGCAGAAGAUGCAGGUGACGUAGAUGACUUUUGGAAUGACCCUAAGCCUUCCCAAUACAGAAAGCCUUUGCCUUUUCAGCCAUCAGCCUCAAGCCCAAGUACAUCAAAAACUGAAACACAUCAGCCAACGACUUCUGACUCUUUUCCAAUUAAUGAGCACGAUUCUCCCAAGGAAGUUUUAUCUGCAAGACCACAGUCCACUGAGAAUUCACACACCAUCGAUGAACACAAAGCUAACUCAUCAGAAUUGUCAAGCCUUGAAUCAGAAUUGUCUCAGAGCCCUGCUGAUGAACUGUCUCACGUUGAGCCUGAGCCAUCUCAGGUGCCAGAUUGCAGUUCUAAAGACCAUCAGCAAGGUAAGGCCCUGAGAGCUAAGACGUCUUCAUGCUCUGGUCCAUAUGCCACUGAGAUAAGGAAGACAACUGAUGAUUCCAUAUCUAAAGUCCUAGACUGGUUUAACCGAAGUUCUCAUUCAGAUGGCAGUGAGGUAUCUCUCCAACAUCCUCGAGGAACAGAGUCCAGAGAAAAAACAGACUCAGAGGCAUGGAUUGCUCUUGCCUUGGUGAUGGAUGAUACCAGUCAAAAAGAAAAUGGCUCAAAGGCUCUGUUUUCCACCAAAGUUGAGUUGACACCUAUAGGAUCUGAUUCAAUGUUCCAGGUUGAGGAAAAUAUGCUGCCUUCUGGAAAUUGCCGAGAUGGUACUGUGAAUAUCAAGCCCAAAUCUAUUCACUUGUCCCCACAAGGCAAGGAAAGCCCAGGCAUAUUGCAACCAUUUGAAAUCUACAGCCCAAAUCAAGAGAAUAAAACUGUGGACUACAGCCAAGUUUCAAAAAACAUAGGAGAAGGAAUUGAGGUACUUCCUCCAACCAAUAGCUAUUCCUACAGCAUUCGCAAAGGAUCUGAUGCAGAAGACCACGUUCCAUGCAAUGUUAAGGGUGUUGGCAGCUUAGGUGAAGCAGAGCCUGAGCUUCACGUUUAUGAAAAAAAUAGAGGAAAAUCAGAAGUGAAUUUUGACUCUUCAACGAUUGUCAGAGAACUGAGUUUGAAAGACAGCAUGAAGGCAGAGGGAGAGUGCAAAGGAAGAGAUACUUACAUUCUAAAAGCUUCUCUAGAACCAGAGGAUACUGAGCCAUCACCUGGUGCUGCCAACAACAGAUCUCCUUGGAAGAAGCCUGAGGUCCAACUACAAGAGGCUGGUGAGGUUCCCGAGAGCCAAGUGCAAAGGGAGAAAUACAAACGAGUGAGUGACAGAAUAUCCUUUUGGGAAGGUGAGAAAGCUGCUACUAAGUUGACUCAUAAAGAACCCACAACUUCAUUCAGUCAGGAACGACCUUCUGCUAAAGCCUGUCAGCCUGUGACGUCCAUGGACAGUUUAUCUACUGGCCAUAGUAAACACAAUAAUCAAAUCACUGUCAAACAAGUGGUCCUAGAUAAGGAUGGCCAAGUAGCCCAUCUCUCCAGUUUUUAUUCCUCAAAGACACCGAAAGAGACCAGGCCCCAAACAUCAGGUCCAUCCAAAAAUUACCUUUCAUCUGACCAGUCAGUUAAAGUGUCUCUGUUUCAGAAUAAGACAACUGAGCCUGUAAAAAGAUUACCAGUGACAGAGAGUUUACGUUCUGAAAAGGACAUUUCUUCACUGCCACUGCAACAUCCUUCAAACGUUGGGAGUGAAAUACAUACUCCUCUGGAGGAAAACAGACCUCUAGUUGGUGAAUCAAACCCCAGCUUUAAAGUUAUGUCCCUAAAAGAAAGAAUGGAUGAGCCCAGUACAGAACAGGUCUAUAAUCACUCUCAAUUUGAGAAUUUGAGAAAGUUUUGGGACUUAGAGGCCAAUCCAAACAAUCAAGAUAAUAUUGAGAAGAAAACUACCACAACAAGCCAAAUAAAUUCUGUGCCUUUUAAUAGCCAGAAACACAAAGACUUCAGUGAUAGUAAAUCAUCAGGGAAAAAUACCCAUGAAAGAGAGAUGCUUCUAAGCCAGAAAAAAGUUCCGGCAAGAGAGGAAAUAGAGAAAUUAAAUUCAGAGGGCACACUCCAGGUGUUACCAGAUGAAACCACAUUUCCACUGAGACCACCCAGAAAGUUCACUCAUCAGUUGCCAGGAAAUGAGUCAUCAAAGAAAAACAUGGGGAAAAAUACGGAAUGGUUUGUUACUCCAGCGUUCAAGGAAGAAAAGGAUUACUCUGAUCAAGAGAUCCAAGAAUCCAUAGUGAAAACAACCGUUUUGUCUAAAGACUACAAAGACACGUUUAACGAUAGCUUACAGAAGCUGCUUGCAGAAGCUGCAUCACCAGUAAUCCAGCCUCCUGGUGGAAAAUUUCAUGAAAAACAAGUACUUGAACCAGGUGUUUCUGAAAAUACGACAUGGCCUCAAAAAACAGAUUUUACCAAUACUGAGAAAGAAGCCAAAAGACCUAAGGAGAUCAUUAAUGAGCAUGUAGACAAAACAGUAGCUCCUCCAAAGGUCAAUCUGAACCCUCUGACUACUAGUCUAGACAAACUCCUGAAGGAAGCAACUGGAAAUCCACCUUCUCCCUUGCAAACCAAGUGUGAACCCAUUACCACUAGCAUCAACUCUGAGUCUGCAGAGAGUAGAGUUUUUGAAAAAGGGAUAGAACAGAGUCAGAACACAUCAGCCUAUCAGAGAGAGAUAAUAGCUCCUUUUCCAGAGAGGGGAGAAACUUUGGGAAAUACUGCUCUCUCCCAGGAAGCUCAAAGUGGUGAGUGCCAGCUAAACACGGAGAGCUCAUCUCAGAUGGCUGCAGAAGGUUCUCACCUAUUAGAUCAGCCUUCCGAUCGUCACAGGAAGGGUUUUUGGGGGGAUAUGGCCAACUGUCCUCAAGAUAUGCCUUCUUCCAGAGAUGCUCAUCUUGCUCCUCAGGAUAAGGCACUGCCUUCUCCAAGGGAAAUCUCAGAGACUAUAGAAAAAGUUACUCUUCCACCCAAACCUGCAUUGAAUGAUGUAAAUGCUGUAUUACAGAAGCUACUUAGAGAAGCUUUGUUGAGUUAUCCAGUUGGGAAGGAAGCAGUUUCUGGAAAAGUAAAAGCAGAAUUUCCUGAAGGAGUGCGGGUAGCAGGUAACCCCCAGAAUUCUCUGGGAGUUGUCUCACCACGGGCUACAAUGGAGUUCAUAGUUCCAGGCAGAAAGGAUUUUUAUUCUUCCAGUGUAGUUCCCGAUGAAACUCAUGAGGUUGGAUCUUACUUAGCUGCCCAUAUGUCUCCAUCAGAACAAACCCUUAGCUCAUCUGGUUCUACUGUUGCUCAGGAUGGCAAAGUGUUACCUAAGGAAGUGACAGAAAUUGUGAGGGAAACUAUUAUUCAGCCUAAAUCAGAGCUCCUUGAAUUCAAUGCUGGCUUAGAAAAACUACUGAAGGAAACAGUCGGAACCUCCUGUACAAAAUACGACAGCGAUACAGGGACUCUCUAUUCAGCAAGGUUAAUAGGUAGUACGGAGGUGCCCAGGCAAGCUGCUUCUGAGUUCCAUCCUAAGGAAAUAAAAGAAACAAUAAAAAAGUCUGAGGCUCCAUCAGUAACUGAGAGUGCUUUUGAUACUGGUUUUGAGAAACUUCUUAAAGAAAUGUCUAACGGUUCUUGCUAUCAGCUCCAAGUGUCAGCAAAGGAAGGAGCUCCUGGGAAGGAGCCUUCACAGUCAAAGCAGGCCAGGUUCUUGGGGAAAGCGCCCCCCCUUUACUGGACAGCCUCAGAGGCCUCUGAAAUGACGCUUAAGAGGAAUAUUUUCAAAUCUCAAGUCAACCAACGUGAUAAAGUGUUGAGAAGAGGCAAAGCUGUGACUGAUUUAUCAGUAGAUCUCUGUGGUUCUGAAAGUGGGGUUGAGAUCCCUGGGACCUCACCACUUCCUGUGGACCAUGAAGUAGGGACCUUUGAAACUAUAAAACCCCCAGGGGACAGGGACAGUGAAAGCGAGGUUGCAGCAGUUCCAGAAGGGUCUUUCCAGGAGCCUGGCUUCAAAGAGGCUCCUGAGGCAAUUAAUGUACCCAGAAAUAUGCAUCCCAUUCCUCUCCCAGCAAACAAAGAAAACUUUACAAAAACAAGUAAAGUUGAAUUGAUUUUGGCAUCGUCAUGUAAGAGACAAGAGAAAAAGGAAGAAAACGAAGGUUUUUCUGACUCCGACUUUUCAGAUGGGAACAUCGGUUCUUAUGCAGAAAGCUGGAGAGAUUCUUCCAGUUCAGAAGAAGAACCCAGUCCUGUUUUGAAAACUUUGGAAAGGAGAGCUGCUAGGAAAAUGCCUUCCAAAAGUCUAGAAGAUAUUUCAUCAGAUUCAUCAAAUCAAGCAAAAGUAGAUAAUCUGCCAGAAGAAUUAGUACGUAGUGCUGAAGAUGAUCAAAAAGCAGAUCAGGAACCAGAUACAAAUGAAUGCAUUCCAGGAAUUUCCACAGUGCCUUCACAACCUGAUAAUCAGUUUUCCCACCCUGACAAACUCAAAAGGAUGAGCAAGUCUGUUCCAGCAUUUCUCCAAGAUGAGAGUGAUGACAGAGAAACAGAUACAGCAUCAGAAGGCAGUUACCAGCUCAGCAGACACAAGAAGAGCCCAAGCUCUUUAACCAAUCUUAGCAGCUCCUCUGGCAUGACGUCCUUGUCUUCUGUGAGCGGCAGUGUGAUGAGCGUUUAUAGCGGAGACUUUGGCAAUCUGGAAGUGAAAGGAAGUAUUCAGUUUGCAGUUGACUAUGUGGACUCACUGAAGGAGCUGCAUGUCUUUGUGGCCCAGUGUAAAGACUUAGCAGCAGCAGAUAUUAAAAAACAGCGUUCGGACCCAUACAUAAAGACUUACCUGUUACCAGACAAGGGCAAAAUGGGCAAGAAGAAAACACCUGUAGUGAAGAAAACGUUGAAUCCUGUGUAUAACGAGAUACUGAGGUAUAAAAUUGAAAAGCAAAUCUUAAAGACACAGAAGCUGAACGUGUCUGUUUGGCAUCGAGAUACAUUUAAGCGCAAUAGUUUCCUAGGGGAAGUGGAACUUGAUUUGGAAACUUGGGACUGGGACAACAAACAAAAUAAGCAAUUGAAGUGGUACCCUCUGAAGCGGAAGACAGCACCAGUUGCCCUUGAAGCAGAAAAGAGAGGUGAAAUGAAGUUAGCUCUCCAGUAUGUCCCAGAGCCAGCUCCUGGUAAAAAGCUUCCUACAACUGGAGAAGUGCACAUCUGGGUGAAGGAAUGCCUUGAUCUACCACUGCUAAGGAGCAGCCAUCUAAAUUCUUUUGUUAAAUGUACCAUCCUUCCAGAUACAAGUAGGAAAAGUCGCCAGAAGACAAGAGCUGUAGGGAAAACCGCCAGCCCUGUCUUCAACCACACCAUGGUGUACGAUGGGUUCAGGCCUGAAGAUCUGACGGAAGCCUGUGUAGAGCUUACCGUCUGGGACCAUUACAAAUUAACCAACCAGUUUUUAGGAGGUCUUCGGAUUGGUUUCGGAACAGGUAAAAGCUAUGGUACUGAAGUGGAUUGGAUGGACUCCACUCCAGAGGAAGUUGCUCUCUGGGAAAAGAUGGUAAAUUCCCCCAACACUUGGAUUGAAGCAACCCUGCCUCUCAGAAUGCUGUUGAUCGCCAAGAUUUCCAAAUGAACCCAAAGUCCACUGGCUUCUUCACUGAAAACUACUAAGCGGGUGGAAUUUGAUCUUGAAAAUUUGACUAUGUUGACAGAGAUCCUCACCUUUUAUCUACUGCCACUAACAAAUGCUACACAGUAUGUUAAAGUCAACCUGCAUGUUCUUCUUUGGUUACAAGGCCCAAGAGAUUUAAAUAAUAACAAGAUGUUUAACUUAUUCAUGACUCCAACAUUAAAGAAGAUGUUUGAGAAAGCUAAGAAAAUCAACCCAUUGCUGCUGCCAAAGAAAAAGCUGCCAAAAAUGAAAAUAAAAAUUAGAUAUAGGAUGUUGUUAAUAAGCAAAUUUUUUCAGUUUGCUAUCAUGUGUUUCACACCACAAUACAGUUAGGAGGGCCUGCCACUUGAGCAUUGAAAACCCUUACAGGAACUGAACAAGUUGGUCAUGGAAAAGAUGACAGAAAGAUACUCCUACAAGGGGAAAAACGGGUAGAAUAUCAGUGAUGAUAAAGAAUUCGACUGUAAGAAAACUAUUUACUCUGUAAUCUCUAUUGAAAUAUAGAAUUCCAUGUUAGGGCAAUGAAACUGAAUACUGCAUGUAUUUCUGCCUUUAGAAACUUUCCCUUUUUCCGGUGUUGAAGUCUCAAAUGUGCUUUGGUGCCACCCACUGGCCAUAGGUGGAAUUCCAUUUUUGGCUUAAUUUUUCUCCUAAAACAAGUCUCGUGCCUGUAUUUUGUAAUAGAGUUACCUGUACGUAAAAACAAAAACAAAAACCUUGUGUAUAUAAGAUUCUGUUUUUCUUAUAACUACUAUAUGAAAGCAGCAUGGGAGUAUUCACAGACAUGCCUUGUAACAAAGUUUUAAUUAGAAUGUCAAUUGAUAAAUUAUACUGUACUUCCUAUAUGUAUAAUUUUCAUGAAGUAUUUUAUAAAAACCCUUAGAAUAAAUUAUUAUAUGAUUUAAUUUUA